AGCGGGACCAGCGCAGCACUGCAGAACAGCAGCUAUGGCUAAAACUGAUGGAUGCGAUUACUUUAAAAGAACCACCCUGUUUUGGAUCGUCUUCGUGAUACUGGGGAUGGGAUAUUUCACUUGCAUCGUGUUCGCGCCGGAAAAUAUCCCAUUUCAGCACCUCGGUCCCUUUGGCACCUUCUGCAGACACCUUGUGGAUAACUAUUCCGGCAUUAUGUACAAAGGAUGGUGGGCUGCCUGGGCGAUCCAUGUUAUUGAGGCCUACGUUGCAUUGAGGGUGUGCAGUAACAAAGGCAUCAGCGACACGGCCACUUGCUGCCUGUGGGUUGUUCAGACCUUCCUGUUCGGCUUCGCCUCCCUCGGCCUACUCCUCAAGUACGACCCCGAGCGCCCCAAACAGCACUGAUUCCAGCGGAAGAGGCCCACAAAACAACACUAUAAGCUGAAUCCUCCUUCUUCCGUUUCAUUUUCUUUGAUAUGAAAUCCUGUGGGGGAAGACAACGGAGCCCGUUCUAUUAUACCAUUUAUUUUAACAUGAAAGUAUUAGAAAAUCUCAUUAAUUUCAUCCCAUAGAUUUUAGACUAACAAACUAGAUGUUUUUCUAUCGCUAAUAUUAUUAACAAAGAUUAUUUUUAGCAUCAGAGUUCUCUUGAUGAAUCCGGCCUGGGCUGAAUAUUUAGUGCAAUACAAGGAGAAUCUUUUAUGAGUGAUUUUGUACGCUCUCGAUGUUUACAUUUAGCCUCGGUGAUAGCAGGACGUUCUCUCAGCUGCUGUGAAGAAGACAGGUUGGCCGCCGUGAGCCACAACAAUUCUUCGGGAUGAAAUGUAGAGAAAGCUGCGGUUCCCAUUUGCCUUUUCAUAUUUGACGUUUUAAGCUACAGACUGGAAGAUGUUAAUGUUAUUGACAAAA